UCUCUCCACUCCCGGCCCGCCGUGCCACUGUACUACUGGUGCGUGCCCAACGACAUACACGGGCCGCGUCACGCCAUUCCGAACCAAGCCUUCAGCCCCAUCUCAGGCGGAGAACUCCCAUGAGCAACACGGCAACCCCUGCUGUUGUGCCUCCCGAAGCAGCAUCAGCGACUUCGACAUCGGCAGCAGGCCAAGGCAGUACGGGGACCAUGGCUGCCCCAGCAGCAGCAGCCUUUGGUGCGGACAACGUGGCUACCUCCUCCCCAUUCCAGGCGCCGUGCCCCGUCACCUUGUCAGUGUCUCCGUCGGCCCUAAAGUCUGCUCCUGCUGGCGCCGGCCGCGGCGUUGCCGCCGCGGCGGCCGCCGUCGCCGCUGCCGCCGCUGUCGGCAACGGCGGCGGCAGCGGCAGCGGUAGCAGGACCGGGAUCGCGACCGGUGGCUUGGUCUCUGGCCGCCUCAGCAGCGCUGGCAACAGUGUAGCGACACCCGUGCACGGUCACGGUGGAGCAGCGGGCUUCGGCAGCGGCAGUUUCGCUGGCGUUCACGCCGACGCUCCUGCCGGAGAGCACAGCUUUGGCGGCGGCGGCGGUAGCGGCGGCGGCGGGGGCGUUGGGUUGAUGCCGCCGGGCCGCUCGAUCCCGCGGUGCGGUGGUGGCGGUAGCAGCACCUCGGGUCCUCCCUUCCCCGUGUCUAGGCCUUCGCGGAAAAGGGGCGAUUCCGAAGAAAUUUCCGAGGGUUCUUCGAGGGGGUCAACCCCAGUGGGCGGCAAGCGCAGGAGGCGCGACGGCAGCGACAUCGCGGGCCACUGGCACUGCGUGUUCAAGCUCACCCCAGACGAGAACACUAGCUUUAUGGACAACAUCAGGGAGCUUUACGAAAAGGAGCAGCUGUGUGACAUCACCCUUAGCGUGGAGGGUGAGGAAUUCAGGGCCCACAAGGCCGUUUUGGCCUGCAGCAAGUCCUUCCUGGGCACCCUGAUGAUGAGCAACAUGAGGGAGUCCACGCAAGAUGUCAUCGAGCUGGAAGACAUCAGCUCGCGACAGGUGGAAGGCCUGAAGGACCAGAUGUGCGACGCUCUGUCGACACACCUGACACACGACAAUGCCUGCUCGGUGUUCGCAUUGGCGGACAGCCACCAGUGCCACACGCUUAAGGCCGAGGCCUUCUCCAAGAUUGUACAACACUUCGCACUCGCAACGCGUUCGGAUGGGUGGACAGCUCUGAACAAGGACCAACUGUCAGAGGUUCUGGGGAUGGUUCGCUUCCCGCUGAUGGACGCCGGCCUCCUGAGUGACGUCAUCAAAGACCACGAGGCUACUAAGGUGACGCAAUUGAGAGUCCUGGGUGAUUUGUUAGCACGGUAUCCGCAUCGAGUAGCACCAGUCCUUCAGGGCUCGGAGUGUCAGAAGCUGAUCGCAGAGGCAUGGGAGCACCACGCCUUGAAGGCGAUAGGCCGAGAGGGGCUCACGGGGACACCGAGGACCAAACAGCGACGCAGGUCAUGCAGCUUCAAGCAACACACCCUGUUGAAGGAGCACCAAGACGCGGUCAGCGCUCUGGCGGUAGUCAACGGCAAGCUCGUCAGCGGUUCGUGGGACACCAGCAUCAAGGUGUGGGACCCUCAAUCGUGGACGACGGAGCGGACCCUUUCCGACCACACGGGACCUGUCCGGUGCUUCGCGCAGUGCGCCGGGCGGCUUCUCUCCGGCAGCGACGACAGCUGCAUCAAGGUGUGGAACACGGACACGUGGAGCUUGGUGCGGUCGUUGGACGACCACACGGAUGCCGUCAACGCGGCGACGGACUGUAACGGCAGGCUUGCUUCCGGGUCGGACGAUGGCACCAUCAAGCUCUGGAACACCGAAAACUGGCAGUGCGAGGUGACGAUCCACCAGCAUCAGGCGGACCAUACCUGCGGGGUUCUAGCCUUGGCUACGUGCGGCGAUUAUCUCGUGUCAGGGUCGGACGGGGGCAUCAAGGUCUGGAACACCCACAACUGGACAUGCCAUAAGGAGGUACACGGAGACGAGAUCUGGUCCCUGGCGGUUGUAGGCGACAAGCUCAUCAGCGGCUCGAUCGACAGCACUAUCCGGGUGUGGGAGACGCAGACGUGGGGUUGCGAGAAGCAGGUCGAAGGUCACGCGGGACCGGUCUACGCCCUCACCGUCCUGGAAGGGAAACUGGUGAGGAAAGGGGGAAGGGAGAAAGUACGGUCUCGCCAGUAUCGCAGCGUGCAUGCAUCCGCCGUGGCUGGCCCGCCCUUGAUGAGUCUUCUUCUCGAUACUAUAUUUGAUGAUGCGUCUUGGCGUGGGUAG